AUGACACAACCUUGGCUAACAAGGGCUGUCAAAGCCAACUAUAAGUCAAAGCGAAGGCAAAUAAUAGAGCAAAAAUUAGGUGUGGACGAUGAAAAUGACUAUUCGUCACUCGAACCAGCGGAGGUGAAGAGAUACUACAUGAACAACAAGCCACAACAAAAUGAGCCAGAACAAGACAAGCCAGUGAUGGCUCAGAGUGGACAGCGUACAUUUAGUGUAGAAGACAUAGAAAGAAAUGCCAAAAUAUUACCAGAGAUAAAUAAUGGUUCAAAACAGAUGAUACAGGAUCGUAAAGAAACAGGGAAAAGCAAAGAAGCACAGGAGAUUGAAAUGUUAUAUCAGAAUGGUACCAAGAUCCUGAAGCGGUCCAGAGAUAAAAAUUUAAGGAAGGAAGGUUAUAAACUACUGCUGAAAGCAGCUGAUUUGGGAAGCAUGAAAGCUCUGGAACGAAUAGCCUUUGCCCUAAUGUUUGGUGACCAAAUGCCCCAGAAUGUUACGGCAGCGAAAGAUCUCUUUGAGGCCUUGGCAGAGAAUGGCUCCCAUAAAGCCCAAACUGCAUUAGGAUUUAUGCAUGCCACAGGUAUUGGCAUGAGCUACAACCAACCUAAGGCCCUGGUCUAUUACACAUUUGCUGCACUGGGCGGAAACUUUGUGGCACAUAUGAUUUUGGGUUACCGGUAUCUUAAUGGUAUUAAUCUUCCACAGCACUGUGAAGCAGCUCUCAUUCAUUACAGAACUGCAGCAAAAUAUGUGGCUGACAAUAUUGCUCUCAAUGGAGAAGUACUAACAGAAAAGGUUAGAUUAACAGAAAAAGCAGAAAAUCUCAGCUCCAAUGGUGAAAUUAUGGAUUCAGAUCUGUACCAGUACUACCAAUUUAUAGCAGAAAGAGGAGAUGUUGCAUCACAGGUCAGUCUUGGGCAGCUCCAUCUGACAGGUGGCAAGGGAAUAGAACAAGAUUUCAAAAAGGCUUUCUACUACUUAUCAAAAGCUGCACAAGGUGGCAGCACAAAUGCUAUGGGCUUUAUAGGAAAGAUGUAUUUUGAAGGGAAUGAAGUAGUGCCUCAAAGCAAUGAAAUUGCUCUCAUGUAUUUUAGAAUGGCAGCUGAGAGGGGCAACCCUAUUGGACUAACAGGAUUAGGAUUAGCCUAUCUUUAUGGAAAAGGAUUACCAGUGGAUUAUGACAAGGCUUCAAAAUAUUUCAAGAAAGCAGCAGAUAAAGGAUGGGUAGAUGGACAGUUUCAACUAGGAGUUAUGUACUACACUGGCUUAGGUACAAAGAGAGACUAUAAAUUGGCCACUCAGUACUUUCGCCAUGCCUCUCAAGCUGGACAUGCCCUGGCCUUGUAUAAUCUUGCUCAGAUGUAUGGAAGUGGAACUGGAGUGGCUAGAUCCUGUCGUACAGCUGCUGAGCUUUACAAGAAUGUUUGUGAAAGAGGUCAAUGGACUGAGAAAUUCUUAUCUGCAUAUUUUGCCUACAUGAAGAAUGACAGAGAUUCUGCCUUUCUUCAGUAUUUAUUCCUUGCAGAGCAAGGAUAUGAAAUGGCUCAGAGUAACAUAGCCUACAUUCUAGAACAUGGAAAAUCUGCACUCAUGUCAAAGAUUGAUUGUUAUCAUAUGGCCUUGACGUAUUGGAAUCGAGCUGCAGCCCAAGGAUAUUCAUAUGCCAGAAUUAAACUGGGUGAUUAUUACUACUAUGGUCAUGGAACAAAAGUGGAUUAUGAAACAGCUGCACUUCACUACCGUUUAGCUGCUGAACAGCAACGCAGUGCACAAGCUAUGUUCAAUCUCGCAUAUAUGUAUGAACAUGGUCUUGGGACAGAACAGGAUCUCUAUUUGGCCAGAAGAUUCUACAAACUGGCUACCGAAAUGAGUACAGAUGCAUACAUACCUGUUUUCCUUGCACUUUUCAAGCUAGGAGCCAUAGAUCUCAUCCAUGCAGUUCUAUAUACUAAUAAUUAUAUUUUAAUUGAGACAAGUUAUACUAAGAGACUACUACUUAUCCAGAGAGAAAUUGAUGUGGCUUUUGGUGUUUUUCAGCUGCAGCAUCAUUGGGAUCUCUUGCUAAUCAUGAUUUUGACUUCGCUUCUGGCUAUUUUAAUGAACUACAGGCUCAGAUAG